AUGGGGCCUGCGGGAUCGCCCUGCCCUUGGCCACUCAACUACCUGAGGCCGCCAGGUGAGGCACACCUGGAGGAGGGUGGCCUGUCCACACCGCCGCCCACGGCUCGGUGCUCACGCCGGGGUGGCCGGCCGCCCAGGGCAACCUGCUCCGGGGCACCGCGGGCUGAGGGGAGACCGCGGCGGCCGGAGGGAACGGAGAAAGCCGGGCGCGAAGGGCAACGGGCUUGGGCUCCGUGGGCUCCCGGGGCGCCUUCCCGCCCGCCCGGGGAUCCUUCCCGCCGGCCCGGGGAUCCUUCCCGCCCGCCCGGGGAUCCUUCUCGCCCGCCCGGGGAUCCUUCCCGCCCGCCCGGGGAUCCUUCCCGCCCGCCCGGGCUCCCUCUCGCCGGCCCGGGGAUCCCUCCCGGCCCCCGCACCGACGCCCGGCACCGGCCCAGCCCGCCCGGCACGGCUUACCGGCGUCCACUCGCCGAUCCCGCGCCAGCGCGCUUCCCGCUGACGGCUCCUAAGGACGCCCUCCGGCCGCAGCCCGUCCUCUCCGCCCACAACACGGCGCCGUCCCGUGACUCCAGGCUCACACCCCGAGCUCUCCCCGCCUUCCCCGGGUCGCCGGGCGCAGGAGCCCCGCGAGCAGGAGGAGAAGGGCGGCCCGGCCUCCCGGCAGUGACGUCGCGGCCUAGGCACCAGCCCCGGAGCCGCUGA